AUGGCCGUGCCAAUGCGGAAGAUGACAAUGUCAGAGGAUAAGAGAGGCACAGCAGAGGAGGCAGAAGCCAGGUUCGUUGGGAUUCCCAAUGCACCCACGCAAACCCCAACACCGCCGCCGCCGCCGUGUCUCCGCGUCCUUCACCCUGAUCAUGUGGCCGUUGGCUCCCCCAUCACCAGGGUCCCUCUCGUUCCUUCUUCCACAUCUUAUUCACUGCCGCCAUCCUCUACUCUCACUGACCCCAUGUGGGCCCAUGAUCUCCCCAACGAUUUUUCCAGGUUGAAUCUCUUCGACGGGGAAAUCGACUCUUACCCUCAUCACCACCACAACACCGCUUUAUUCGAAAAAGGUUUUACUUUUUCCUCCCCAGAUAACCUCGGAAACUACAUGUACCAUCAUAUCUUGGACCAGAGGAGAAAACACCUUCAGGGCACCAGUGGUGCAAAUGCAAACUAUCAGAUUCUUCGGGAUCGUUUCGUCUCUCCGCAGUCUCACGGAGGAGUCAGAACGCCGGUUAGGUUCUCUCCAUUGAAUUCCACUGCCAAUAACAAUCCCUCGCAUUAUUACUACGCCGCAAAAGAAAAGGCAUCCAUAGACUCGGAGCAGCUUUCACAUGUUAUAUCUCCGAGGAGAGUCGUGGGUGACCCUUCUGGGUAUAGGUGUGACAAUAGUAUCAUCAUACAAGGGAGAGAAGCAAAACAGUGUUUUGAGAACGGGUACAGUUCCACCAGGGGCUUUAGAAGGAGUCCCCGUGAUGAGGCUUCUAUUCAUGGCGUGGGUCCUAAGAGCUUUUCUGCUGCUGCUGCUGCUGCUGCUUCUGGUCAAAAUCAGAACAAUGGUGAUUUCACACUGCCCAUGCUGCUGGAUUUUUAUUCUGUGCCUGACGCUCAGUGUUACAUAUACAACCUGGCUAAGGAUCAAAACGGUUGUCGUUUUCUGCAGCGGUUGGUUGACGAAGGAACCUACCAAGAUAUGUGUAUGGUGUUUGAGGGAAUCAUUGGGAGUGUGGUUGAACUUAUGAUAGACUCUUUCGGGAAUUAUCUUGUGCAGAAGUUGCUCGAUGUUUGCACCGAUCAACAACGCCUGCAGAUUGUGUUCAUGUUGACGAAUCAACCGGGCCAGCUCGUUCGCAUCUCUUUAAAUACUCAUGGCACACGCGUGGUGCAGAAGUUGAUCGAAACGCUCAACUCCGCCGAACAAGUUUCAAUGGUGAAGUCUGCCAUUCAACCUGGUUUUCUUGAUCUAAUUAGGGAUCUGAAUGGAAAUCACGUCAUUCAACGUUGCUUGCAAUGCCUUAGCUGUCAAGAUAAUCAAUUUAUUUUUGAUGCUGCUGUGAAGUUUUGUGUUGAGAUAGCUACUCAUCGACAUGGAUGUUGUGUGAUGCAACGCUGCAUUGAUUACUCUGUGGGGAAGAAUCGAGAUAAGUUGGUUACAGAAAUAUGCAAACAUGGACUUCUCCUCUCACAGGAUCCAUUUGGAAACUAUGUUGUUCAAUAUGUUAUAGAGAUGGAUACUCCGGCUGCUUCAGCCAAACUGCUUGGUCUGUUUAAAGGGAAUUAUGUAAAUUUGUCUACUCAAAAAUUCAGCAGUCACGUGGUUGAAAAAUGUCUUAAGCAUAUUGGUGACACUAGAUCAAGAAUAGUUAGAGAAUUAUUGUCUGCACCUCACUUUGAGCAGUUGUUACAGGACCCAUUUGCCAACUAUGUCAUUCAAUCUGCUCUUGCUGUAACUAAGGGUCCUCUCCAUGGAACUUUGGUUGAAGCAGUUCGACCUCACAAAAUCCUGCGCACCAGUCCAUAUUGCAAGAGGAUUUUCUCGGGAAGUCUACUCAAGAAGUGAUGCCCAAGUAUCAUAUGUUGUUGUUUUCAGUAGUCUCUUUUAUUUUUAUAUUUAAGUCAGCUUGCAGUGUAUUUCUGUGUCCGUGUGUCUAGUAUGUGUGUCUGACUAGUGUCUACUCCGAAGAAGUUGGCAACUGAACUAAAGGCAAGCCUUGUUUUCAUAUGCUUUUGA